AAUUCUACAGCACAGACCUGUCAAAAAAUGUCUGACGUGAUUUGCCGAAAAGUUAUUUGAAUUGGUUUUUUUACAAACAUGGGAGGAUCCCAAAGCACCCGAAAGCUGAGUGUUGACAACGACAACUCAAUUCAAGUGUCUCAGGAAGCACUAGAUCGGAUACAGUCUCAACUUGCCGCAAAACAGGCAAGUCAGCCUCCUCCCCCACAGUACGCAGCGCCACAGUACCCGGCGCCUCCAUAUUACGAGUCCCGAAGGCCACAACAAGAGCACUCAUCCGAAGAGGCUUACUGGAACAGGAGGAUCGAGGACCUCAAAAAGGCACACGAGAAAAUAAGCGCGACCAUGCAGUUGGAAUACCAAAAGACACUGAAGGAGGCUAAUGAAUUGUUCAACUCAGUUAAUGAAAAGAAGGUUGCUAUCAAAACGGCCCCAUGCCAAGAGGAGAAAGCAAAGGUGCUCCAGUGCUACAAAGCAAACCCAGAUAAAUCUCUAUUGUGUUCUGUGUUAGUAAACCAAUUCAAUGACUGUGUAUGCAAGAGCCGAGUGGCGGCAGUGUCAGCAACGUCUUGAACCAGCUAGCAAACAAUAACUGUAAAUAAAUGAUAUUAACAUAGAACAAAACAAUAUUCCAGUAACAGAAUGAUGUCAGUAAAUUAUUUGAUCGUGAAAAUCCAACAAAUUGAAACAUGGAUGGAUCAUCUGCACACAUGAUUAGUAGAUUAAUAAUUAUUAAUAUUAUUGCUGUAUGAAUAAACUGUUAAUUUAA